UCCUCCCUCAUACUACCCAUCUGAAUUACGUCUGGUCGCCUCUGUGCUCAGCAGUAUAUUUACAGUGCUCUGCCUUUCUCUGGAGAUCAAACGCCGGAGUACUCACGAACCAAGGAAACAGACAUGGCAGAAAACGCCGAUUUGGAUAACCACCGUAUCAAGAGCUUCAAAAACAAGGGACGCGAUGUCGAGACUAUGAGAAGACAUCGAAAUGACGUGACAGUGGAACUGAGAAAGAACAAACGAGACAAGCAUCUACUGAAGAAGAGGAAUGUCCCACAGGAGGACAGUCUUGAGGACUCCGACAUAGACUCUGACUUCAAAGGGCAAAACGUCACACUAGAAGUUAUGUUACAGAAUGCCGCCAGUGAUAACGCUGUGGUCCAGCUCAGUGCCGUACAGGCUGCCAGAAAACUCCUCUCCAGUGACAGAAACCCUCCCAUUGAUGACUUGAUAAAGUCUGGCAUCCUGCCCAUCCUAGUCAAAUGUCUGGAGAGAGAUGACAAUCCGUCUCUCCAGUUCGAGGCAGCCUGGGCCCUGACCAACAUAGCGUCUGGUACUUCACAACAGACCCAGGCUGUGGUCAAAUCCAAUGCUGUUCCCCUGUUCCUGCGACUGCUCCACUCUCUCCAUCAGAAUGUGUGUGAACAGGCUGUGUGGGCACUAGGCAACAUCAUAGGCGACGGGCCACAGUGCAGAGAUUAUGUCAUCUCCCUGGGUGUGGUCAAGCCCCUGCUGUCCUUCAUUAACCCCUCCAUCCCCAUCUCCUUCCUCCGCAACGUCACCUGGGUCAUCGUAAACCUCUGUCGCAACAAGGAGCCACCACCCCCCAUGGAGACAGUACAGGAGAUUGUUCCAGCUCUGUGUGUUCUUCUAUACCACACAGAUAUAAAUAUCCUGGUGGACACGGUGUGGGCUCUGUCCUAUCUGACGGAUGGUGGGAACGAGCAGAUUCAGAUGGUGAUAGACUCUGGCGUAGUCCCCUUCCUCGUUCCUCUGCUCAGCCACCAGGAGGUCAAAGUUCAGACUGCUACGCUGAGGGCAGUAGGCAACAUUGUGACAGGGACAGAUGAGCAGACACAGAUGGUUCUCAACUGUGACGUCCUCUCCCACUUCCCCAACCUGCUCACACACCCCAAAGAGAAGAUCAACAAGGAAGCAGUGUGGUUCCUGUCCAAUAUCACGGCUGGGAACCAGCAGCAGGUUCAGGCUGUGAUCGACGCAGGACUCAUCCCCUUGAUUAUCCACCAACUGGCCAAGGGGGACUUUGGGACUCAGAAGGAGGCAGCGUGGACCAUCAGCAACCUCACCAUCAGUGGCCGGAAAGACCAGGUGGAGUACUUGGUGCAGCAGAAUGUAGUCCCUCCUUUCUGCAGCCUGCUUUCAGCGAAGGACUCCCAGGUGGUCCAGGUACUCCUAGACGGCCUCAAGAACGUCCUCAUCAUGGCCGGGGACGAGGCCAGCGCCAUCACUGAGAUCAUAGAGGAGUGUGGAGGUCUGGAGAAGAUUGAGAAUCUACAGCAACAUGAGAAUGAGGACAUCUACAAACUAGCCUUCGAGAUUAUUGACCAGUACUUCUCAGGCGACGACAUUGAUGAGGAUCCCAGUUUGAUUCCUAAAGCCACCCAAGGAGGGACCUUCAACUUUGACCCCGCCUCCAGCCUGCAGAAGGAGUUCAAGUUCUAGGAGCCAGCUUCACUAGUACUGUCUAACCAACCCCAGACAUUCAUCCAUCUAUCUCUCCUCCUAUCUGGCAACCUAAUACAGAAGGCUGGAACCCACCUACUACCAUCACUAUUACUCCAACAUGGCAACCCACCUUGCGAUUGAAGGAUUCACCCACCAACUCCACAAUACGCCACCUCUGCACUGAAAGGUUACUUAAAACUGCCACCACAAUCUGACAACCCAAUACAAACGGGUCCAGGUAAUGAAUCCAGCACCAGUACAAUCUGGCCACCCGUGUGGGGAGGAUCUCAGGCUAUCUUAGCAAAUGCUUUGAAAUGUCACGUGAAAAUCACAAAGGAAGAAAAAGCCUUUUGAGGCAAUAUUUUAGAAUUGCCAAAUGUCACACACUCGCACAAAAACACACCGUUGAAGACACUUGGGAAGAGUUUCUUUGCAUAUUUGUUUUAGAAAACAAUAUCACGAUACUGCGGUAUCGGAAAGGAUACUGCAGUUUAUUUGCGGCUCAUUUUUGUGCUUCACCUCUGCUGUGUCCCCUGGUCGUGGACCUUCGCUCGCUCUCCCUCUCCCUUGAUGACCGAGUGCCCCCAAUUAAAGAUGUUUACCUCAGAGCGAAACCAUGAACAGGCAUGGACCCUGUCCUCGUCCCCAAAGUCCUAGGACAGGAAGAGGCGGGAUUUAGGCAGGGAGAGGUUUUUAGGCAGACUGACAAGACAUUUUGACUCACUUUAUUUAAAUUUUUAGCUUUUGACUUCUUGAAUCAUGAGUUAUGGAUUUUUAUUUAUAAAAAAUACAUGUAAUUAAAAAAAAAUAUAAUGCUGCAAAACUGGUUCGUAUAAGUAUAUAAUUGUUUUGCAAUUUUGCUCUAAUUCAGGGGAGAGCAAAAUAAAAAAGCUUAAUUUUUUUCAGGUUGGAGGAAAAUCACAGAGAAUGGUAGAGGACUAGGGCCCAAAAGCUCAUUUUAACUUGGGCAACUCCAUUUAAGACUUUCACCAUUUUAAAGACUUCUUAUGGGUUAAGGAAGGCUCACAUAAUUCCAUCUAGGUCAUCAGCCAAUGAAUUCUAUUCUUGAGUAAACAUUCCAUAACUGCAGGUGGCAGCCAACCGUGGCUUAAUAACUGUUCAAUCAACACACCACAGGUGGCAGUAUGCGCCCUUUUAGUUUGUUUACAAACUCAUAGAAGUAUUAGAAAAUGUACUACUUCAAAAUGGAGAUGGCCUCAAUGGCGCUGCCCAUUCUCUCACAGACGCCAUAAUGGGACCGGUACAAUGAUGCAGGACAUGAAAUCCUGCUGCAGAAGUGAUGUCACUUCCUGUGGAGAGCAGGUAGUGAUGGCAUAGGUCUCGCAGACAUUGCUUGCAUUAACUAAUGGUUGUGUGCCACGUCAUCGACUGAAAGAUUGCUGUAACAUAUGAGUUGGUUAGCUGAUGUGUAAAAUACCUAUCCAGACUUUGUAAGAUCUGGAAUGCAUCAGAAACACCUGGUCAGAGGAACACACCCACUGUUGGGAACUCCAACAGAAGAGUUUACUGAACUAAAACAAACCUAUAUUUGGCAACAACAAAAAAAGUAUUACCUAAUUCUUAUAAAAAAAUGUGUUCUUUUAUGUUGAAAUAGAAAUAUUGCAAGGUUUGUCUUUUUCUGGUCCAGGUAUAGAAAAUCACUGAGGCCCCUAGUGGCUAAAGGUCAUAUUAGAAUGAGCAGAGCCAUUGAGGGCUUGCACAAUUUUAAUGUAGUCAACUGGGUGGAACUUCCAACUUCUUCAUUGGCUAAGCCCUCCUGGUGACCCUGUUGGAGUAAUGUCCAACUGAGUCAUCAGGAGGGAUCAGCCAUUUUGAAGAAGAAAAUUGACUACUUAAAAAAAAGUAGUCCCCUAUCGUCCAGGAGUCCCCUAUCUUUAGAUCAAGUAUGUGGAGCCUCCAGGAUUACUAUUUUUACUUGUAGAUUUUCUUCUGUCUUAUGCACAUGUCUGAGUAUUAAUUGUUUCUCUCUUCCUGCGGAAAGAAGACCGGACUAACAGAGGAUCGAACACGACCUCUGACCUAUACAGAACUUUAUUUUUAUUUUUUUAAAUGAGGUCACAGUUCAUAAGCUUCCUGAAUGUGUAUCUCUCUUAAACUCGUCUCUUGAGAAUAUAUAAAUAGAUAUUUCCAUAAAGCCUGUACAAAGCUGCUGCAGCUGAACAGUCAUUGUUGAAACGGACUCACUCUGCAGAACGAUAACAUUGUCUACUUAUUGUCAAAGACUGACGGGGAGGUUGUUCCGAUGACGUUUUUGAUUUUCAUUAAAUAAAAAUGUUUAAAUUCAUAAUGGGCUGUGAUGACAUGCUGAGGAACCUGAUACAGUUAUGUCUGUCUGUAGGGACAGACUGUGUCUUUGUACCGUCCAUAGCCAGUCCCAGUUUGUUUCCAGGAUCUAGGAAGUGUGAGGGCUAACGUUAACACAAACCCCUGGUCCCUUGUCUGGACUUAUGUUCCUCUGUUAUGGCCCAUUCAAACAGCGCACAAAACGAGCCGGGAAGGAUUUGUAAGGAGUGGGUUUGGAAUAGGGGGGGUUUCAACGCAGCCCAGGCUUGUUUUGGAACUAAUUGUUUAUUACUGAUGAACUAAACCCUAGAGGGUGUCGUGAACUAUCCCUAGACGGACCGAGCCACUUUAAAGAAUUACAAUGUCUUUUUCUUGUAUCAGAAAACGAUACAAGCUUAUGUUUGUUGCAAGAUUUUUACUUGCCAGAGAAAAGUUGUUUUUAAAGAACUUAGUUUCAUUUAUACAUUUUAGAUAGAAGAAUUCACUUUUAAGGUGGCUUGCUGAUGCUUUCAACUCUUGUGCACAUUAAAGACGUGAGUGGAAAUUCA